AUGGAUCCUAAUUUUGUUCAGACGCUUCACAAUCUCCUCCUUCAGACCACUUCAAAUGACACUGCUCUCCUUAAAGCUGCUACCACCCAGCUAAACAAAGACUUCUACAAGGUCCCAGCUUGUAUAUCUGCCCUCGCCAGUAUCCUCGCCAGCUCUCCAGAAAUCUCAGUUCGUCAACUGGCAGCUGUAGAACUAAGAAAACGCGUCUCUCAGAACAGUGGUGCCCUCUGGGCGCUGCUGCCUCAAAAUGAACGUGAGGAGAUAAAAGUAAAGCUUCCCGAGCUGAUCCUUGCGGAGCCCAAUAAUCUGGUCCGCCACUCAUCCGCGCGCGUGAUUGCUGCCAUUGCUGCCAUCGAAGUUCCCCAGGGCACAUGGAAUCAGCUUCUCCCUUUCCUUCAACAAACCUGCACAUCCUCUCAAGUUUCCCAUCGUGAAGUCGGCGCCUUCAUUCUGUUCACGGUUCUUGAGAGCAUCGUGGAAGGAUUCCAAUCACAUCUUCCUGGCCUCUUUGAGCUGUUCCGAGGACUGUUGAACGAUCCCGAGAGUAUCGAAGUUCGCAUCACCACUGCCAGAUCCCUUGGUGUCAUCGCGCAGUACAUCGACUCAGAUGACAAGACAGAGCUCAAAGCGUUCCAGGCCCUCGUCCCUGCCAUGAUCAUGGUCAUUGGCCAAUCUGUUGAGUCUGGUAAUGAGAAUGGCGCGCGCCAGCUCUUCGAUGUGUUGGAGACCCUCUUGAUCUUGGAAGUUCCCAUCUUGGGCAAACACAUCCCCGAAUUGAUCCAAUUUCUCCUCCAAUGUGGUGGCAACCGUGCCUUCGACAGCGAACUUCGCGUUCUGGCCCUCAAUGCCCUCAACUGGACUGUACAAUACAAAAAAUCCAAGGUGCAGAGCUUCAACCUUGCCGGGGCCAUUUUGGCUGGGCUCAUGCCCAUUACGACUGAGGAGGAGCCGGAGGAUGUCGACGACGAUGCUCCGUCACGGUCUGCUCUCCGCAUUAUCGAUGGCUUGUCGACCAACCUGCCACCCACUCAAGUCUUCCCAGCUCUCCGCGAAUUGAUUGCUCAAUACUUCUCAUCUUCGGAUCCCACCCACCGCCGUGGUGCUGUUCUUGCUCUUGGUGUUUGCGUGGAGGGAUGCAGCGAAUUCAUGACCCCGCUCAUGCCUCAAGUUUGGCCUCUUGUUGAGGCUGGAUUGCAAGACAGCGACGCAGGCGUCAGGAAGGCCACCUGCAUCGCCGUCAGCUGCUUGUGCGAAUGGCUCGAGGAGGCAUGUGCUUCGAAGCACGAUGUCCUUGUCCCUGCUAUCAUGAACUUGAUCAACGACCCCGCUACCCAAAGGUCCGCUUGCACUGCCCUCGACGCCUUGCUGGAGAUUCUUCACGACACCAUUGACCAAUACCUCCAACUCAUCAUGGAGCGCCUUGCUGGUCUUUUGGAAACUGCUCCCAUCGCUGUCAAGUCCGUCGUCACAGGCGCCAUUGGUAGUGCCGCCCAUGCUUCUAAGGAACGCUUCUUGCCCUACUUCCAACCCAGCAUGAACGCCCUUGCCCAUUUCUUGACCCUCACUGGCGAGGGAGAGGAGACCGAGCUUCGCGGAAUUACCAUGGAUGCCAUUGGCACAUUCUCGGAAGCCGUUGGCAAGGAGGUCUUCCGCCCUUACUUCCCUGAUAUGAUGAAGCAUGCCUUCCAGGGAUGCGAGAUGGGCAGUGCCAGGUUGCGUGAAUGCAGCUUCUUGUUCUUCGGAGUGAUGGCUCGCGUUUUCGGAGAAGAGUUCGCACCUUAUCUGCCCCAGGUUGUUGCUCCUCUUCUUGCGAGCUGCAAGCAAUCUGAGCAAGGAGAAGAACAGCUUGAGAUUUCCGUUGCCGAUGCUGCAUCUGCUUUUGCCUCAGGUUCAUCUCCGUCGAAUGCGCUUGCUCUCAGCGAUGACAUCGAUGCCAACAUCGACAUAGAGGAUAUUGACCUCGACAAGGCGUUAGAUGUCAACAGUGCCAUUGCAGUCGAGAAGGAGAUUGCGGCAGACACCAUUGGAACCCUCUUCGCUGCUACACAGAUCCACUUCCUUCCGUUCGUCGAGCCUUGCACUCUUGAGCUCAUCGCUCUCCUACCCCACUAUUACGAGGGUAUCAGGAAGAGUGCCACAGACUCCUUGUUGGAGAUUGUCCGGACUUUCUAUGACCUCGGCGAUCAUGAAGCAUGGACUCCUGGUGCCAACGCCAACCCUCCUCUAAACAACCAACUCACGGAGCUGAUUAAGCAUGCCAUCACCCCUCUUCUUGAGAUGUACGAAACUGAAGACAACAAGUCCGUCGCUGCUUCCCUGUGCGUCAGCCUUGCGGAGACCAUCACCAAGAUUGGUCCCAACUUUGUCCAAGAACAUUAUGAUUCCUUCUGCCAGAUCGCCAUGCAAAUUCUUGAGCAAAAGGCGUUCUGCCAACAAGACCCCGACCAGGAUGAGGAUGAGGAGGCGCCUGAGGAUCAAGCGGAGUACGAUUCCGUUUUGAUCUCCUCUGCUGGCGAUCUCGUCGCUGCUCUCGCAGGUGCAUUCGGGCCAGAUUUCGGUCAGGCCUUCACCACUUUCUUCCCACUCGUUUCCAAAUACUACAAAAAGAGUCGCUCGCUCAGCGACCGUUCCGCCGCCAUCGGUUGCCUUGCUGAAAUUAUCUCUGGCAUGAAAGGCGCCAUUACUCCUCACACUGAGCCGCUCCUUGAACUCUUCUUCCGCGCUCUCGGCGACGAAGACAACGAGGUUUUGAGCAACGCUUCAUUCGCCACAGGCCUGCUCAUUGAAUGCUCAGAAAUUGAUCUUUCCCAACAACUAGGGCAUAUCCUGGCCCGCCUUCAUCCGAUAUUCGUUGACAUCCCGCAAGAUGCCCCCGCAGCUCGUCUUAACGCCAAAGAUAACGCAGCCGGUGCAGUCGGUCGGAUACUUGUCCGCUACUCCGACAAGGUCCCCCUUGAUCAAGUUCUUCCCGUCUUCAUUAGUGCUCUGCCGUUGAAGAACGACUACCUUGAAAACAGACCCGUCUUCCGUGCUCUUUUCCACCUCCAACCGGACCAAGUUGGCGAUGAGGUUCGCUCCGAACUGAUCCACCUUAUUGCUCUCAUCAACCAAACGGAAUCAGCCAAGGUUCAGGCAGCUGGCCUUGCGCCUUUCCUGCCGGGAGCUUCCUCGCUUGCACUGCUUUCUCUCGCUCUUGACCUUUAA